GACAGCUCUGCGCCGGGAGACACACACAACAUAGACUUCAGCGCUGUUUGACACUCGGUAAAAUAUAAUCCGGAUUCCUGAAGAGGUCCCGAGACACGUCAACACGGAGUGCCAUGAUGAUUAAACCAUAUGCAAGACAAGGCGAGGGGGAGGAGGCCCUCAGCCCUCCACAGUGGAUGGACAGAGACAUGAGCUCACCUGAUGGAGAUGCAUCAGUCUCAUCACACUGCUACCUGGAAGGUGGAGUGAACCAAGAGGACAGGGAGAUGGGAAGUGAAGAUGCACAUGAGGACGACGAGGACGACGAGGAGGGCCAGGAGGACGAAAAUGAGUCCAAGCGACGCGGGCCCAAGAAAAAGCGGAUGACAAAGGCCCGGCAGGAGCGAUUUCGAGCCCGACGUGUGAAGGCCAACGCCAGGGAACGCUCACGCAUGCACGGUCUGAAUGAUGCACUGGAGAACCUGCGCACCAUCAUGCCAUGUCACUCCAAAACACAGAAACUGUCCAAGAUCGAGACUUUACGGCUGGCCCGCAACUACAUCUGCGCUCUGUCCGAGGCCCUAGAGGGGGGCCUCUCCACAGAGAGCAGAGCCUUCAUGGAGACACUGUGUAAGGGCCUCUCGCAGCCCACCAGCAACCUGGUAGCCGGCUGCUUGCAGCUGGGACCGGCCUCUGGUGCCGGGGUGAGGCCCGAGGACAGACACAGAGUUCGGGCAGCACCCGCUCCUCUCGGUGGCGUGGCGAGCUACUCCUCCCCAGGACUGCCGAGUCCGCCGUAUGGCACUUUUGACUCUGCUCACCUGCUUCAGCUGAGGGCCAUGAAAGGAGGAGUGUACGAGAACCAUUCGCCGAGUGAGUACAACGCCGGAGGGGUGGGGACCCCUCCAUACGACGGCCCCCCUACACCACCUCUUAGCAUCAGCAGUAACCUGAUGCCCAAACAGGAGCCUUCGCCCCACUACCCACCACCUCACCACUACUCGCCCUCCCCUGCAGACCAAGGCCUCUACCAGACUCAGACCGGCUAUAACGGACACAUAGAGGGGCCCUAUGACUCGUACCAUCCACAGCACAUGCCCCAACGACAGAUAGCCUCCGUCUACAGAGACUAAGAUGGAUCCGAAGAGUAGACUCCGUUUCACCAUUCAAUGCGACCUGACUGCUCGUCUUCACUCUCUGGUCCUUUGUGAACGCUGACUGAGGGAUCCGUCUCUCCCAGUAGACAGUUUGUUAGUAGAACUGUAGAGUAAAACUAUGUGCACAUAGACUAGCACUGAUGUUAAAAAUGAAAAACAAUACUUGACCAAAACCAACACAUUUUCUGAAGACACUGAUUACCAAAUAUUUAAGGGUCCUAACAGGAAUUGUUGCUUUGGCUAUUUGGACCAGAUGUCCUGUUACUUUGAUUCACGCACUUCUAAUUUAGCUUUGGCAACAUCUCAUAUUCUACAUAAAUUAAUGGUAGCUUUUAUUUAUUCUCUAAUUUAAUACAGUAUAUGUGGAGUUUGUUCUGAUAUGCAGGUGUGUUUGGUUUUUCUUUUGUAGAUAUUUAUGGCCAAGCCCGAUUUUUGUUUGCUAUUUAGACUGAUACUUCAUCUCUUGUAUUCCUUUUGUGUCCUUUUUUAUUCCACAACUGUAUGUUUUGCACUCAAAAGCUAUUCAGUGGUAGUUAUCCUUGUGCUAUGUGGCUGAUCUUUGGAAGGUGUACAGAAGCAUUAUGUUUGUAUAGAACAAAUAUCAAGGUGAAGA